AUGACAAAGCCCAGGGGUGGGCGCCGGCCGCCAUCUUGUACCGGGCGGCAGGAUAUUCGCCCGCGUCCUCCGCCCUCGGAGGGGGAGGGGCGGCGGCGGAGGCGGCGGCGCCGGCCCCCGGCGGCUCCGGCCGCGGCCGCACGGGGCGGCAGCCUUAGGGCGGGAGGAGGGGCCGCACUGGAGGCACGGGAGGAGAAGGUGGUGUACUCGCGGUCGCAAGUGUCGCUGGCCGACAGCACCAAGGCGCUGGGCGACGCCUUCAAGCUGUUCAUGCCCCGCAGCACGGAGUUCAUGAGCUCGGACGCGGAGCUCUGGAGUUUCCUCUGCAGCCUCAAGCACCAGUUCUCCCCGCACAUCCUGCGCAGCAAGGACGUCUACGGCUACUCGUCCUGCCGAGCCCUGGUCCCAGACCCCCCGCCGCCCCCCACUGCCCGCGGCCAGAAGCGCAGGCCCACCCCGGGCACGGCGGCCAGGAGGAGGCGCCGCCGAGCCCCGGCAACCGCCACCCGAGGGAGGAAGCCCCCGCCACCGGCCGCUCCCGAGGAGAGCUGCCCGGCCAAGCCUGUGGCCCUCGGGCCCUUCUUCGGGGGUCGCACCCUGGAGGAGAUCUGGAGGGCGGCCACCCCGACGCUGACCACCUUCCCCACCAUCCAUGUUGGCAACGAUGUGUGGGGCGAGCGCAGCCUGGCGGCGGCGCGGCACCAAGCACAGCAGGUCCUGCAAGUGAACCUGGAACCCGUGGUGAGGCUCCGCCGCUUCCCGGUGCCCCGAGUGUGA